CACCCACGCCUCCCGCCACGCAACAUCACCACCACCACCAGUGAGCACCUGUAGUCGGACUCAUUCGCCAGCCGGCCCAGCCCAAAGCUUCCAUUUUUAUCGCCGGCCGGCCAGCCAUGUCCGCCAUGCCGGAGGAGUUCCUGGGGCAGGGAGGCUUCCGUGAUGACCCCGAGCCCUUCUCCCCCUCCGUCUUCCUCGACCUUCCCCCGACGCCCCGCCCCGAUGGCGAGGGCCUGGCCUCGUCGGAAGACCUCGUCCUCCCCUUCAUCUCGCGCAUGCUCAUGGAGGAGGACAUCGACGACAAGUUCUUCUACCAGUACCCCGACCACCCCGCGCUCCUCACCUCCCAGGAGCCCUUCGCCAAGAUCCUCUCCGACGCCACCACCACCACCUCCUCCUCCUCCGGCUCCGAUUCCGCCACCACCAACACUGCCGACGGAAGCGGCGCCUUCACCCUCUCGCCGUCCUCCUCCGACGCCCCCGCAUUCGCCAACGCCACCUGGCCCUACGACCCAGCCGAGCUCUCCCAACUGCUCCUGUCGACGCCUUCUUCUUGCCCGGACAUGGGAGUCGGAGUCGGACUCGACGGCUUCACAGCCGACGAUGUCUACGCCUUCUUCUUGCCCGGACAAGACGGCGCCAGCGCGGGAUUCCAUCAGAGUGCGCACGAGGCCAGCGCGUUCUUGAAUGGAGGCGGCGCGGCCAUCCAGAGUUCAGGGUUGUUGGAUGGCACGGAGGAGACAAGUACAACGAUCACCACCGGCACCGUGCCUGCUGGAGAUACCUUCUUGAGUGGCCAGAACAGGGUAGACAUGGACAUGCUCAACCUGGCGUUCCUCAAGGGCAUGGAAGAGGCCAAGAAAUUGUUGCCCACCAACGACAGCCUCCUCAUCGACGUCGAGGCCACCUCCGGAGAGCACCAGCUGCUUAGAGACGGCAAGUUGUUUCGAGGUCAAGUGAAGGAGGAUGAUGGAGUGUCAAUGUUUCAAGGAAGUGCUCAUGGCAAGAAGCGGCAUAAUUGGGAUGACUUGGAGGCCGAGGAGGGCAGGAACAGCAAGGUGAUGGUGCCCGAGCCGGAGGAAAGUGGCGAGGUGGUCGACAAGAUGAUCAUCCAUGGGCACGCCAUGUGUCUCGACAAAAUGAAGGGCCUGUGCGUCACUACCGGCAGCGAGGCCGAGAAGAAGAAGAGCAGGAAGGGGAAUGGGAAGUCGGCGCAGGGAAGGCAGGGCUCGAACGAGGCGGUGGACUUGCGCGCAUUGCUUAUCCACUGCGCGCAGGCUGUGUCCAUGGACGACCGCCAGAGCGCGGCCGAGCUGCUUUGGCGGAUCAAGAAGCACUCCUCGCCGAGGGGAGACGGCACACAGAGGCUGGCACAUUGUUUCGCCGAGGGACUGGAGGCGCGGCUGGCAGGCACGGGGAGUCAGGUGUACAGGUCUCUCGUGACGAAGCGCACCUCCGUCGUGGAGUUCCUCAAAGCCUACCAGCUGUGUCUGGCGGCUUGCUGCUUCGAGAUGACGGCGUUCAGGUUCUCCAACACGACCAUCUGCAAGGCGAUCGCUGGGAGGAAGAAGGUGCACAUCGUGGAUUACGGCAUUGGUUACGGGUUACAGUGGCCAAGUUUGCUGGCCUUUUUUGCUACUACUUGGGAGGGCGGACCGCCGGAGGUGAGGAUCACCGGCAUUGACCUCCCUCAGCCUGGGUUCCGCCCAGCUGCUCGGAUUGAGGAGACAGGGCGCCGGCUCAGCAACUGCGCCCGCCAACUCGGCGCGCCAUUCAAGUUCCACAGCAUCGCGGCGAAGUGGGAUCAUGUUCGUGCAGAUGAUCUGCAUAUUGACCCCGAUGAGGUGCUCAUCGUCAAUACUAUCACCCAGUUUGGAAGUUUGAUGGACGAGGGCGUCGACAUCUAUAGGCCGAGCCCCAGGGACGUGGUCCUCAGCAACAUCCGGAAGAUGCGGCCAGAUGUGUUCAUCCUCUGCGUCGUGAAUGGCUCAUAUAGCGCGCCAUUCUUCGUAACACGGUUCCGGGAGGCACUGCUCCAUUACUCGGCAAUGUUUGACAUGCUAGAUGCUACGGCCCCACGGGAGAGCGACCAGCGCUUGCUGUUUGAGCGCGACAUCAUCGGCCGGUCUGCCCUGAAUGUCAUCGCUUGCGAGGGCUCCGACAGGGCGGAGCGCCCCGAGGCAUACAAGCAAUGGCAGGUGCGGAACCACCGGGCCGGACUCCGGCAGCUGCCAUUGUAUCCGGAUAUCGUUAAGAUCCUCAGGGAGAAAGUCAAGAACCAGUACCACAAGGACUUUGUCAUCGACGUGGAUCGCCAAUGGUUCCUGCAAGGCUGGAAGGGCCGCAUACUCUAUGCCAUGUCCACAUGGGUCGCAGAUGAAGCUAUCUCAGAUUAGAAUCGUAGCUGCUUUUCUUCAUGCAUCCAUUCUGGAUACAGAUGUUGAUGAUGGUAACUGCACAGUAAUUCGGUGGAAUUUGGUAGGAACCGGUCGAAUUUUGUUAAUUUUUUUAUUUUUUUAAUUUUAAAUUUAAGUUUGGUCGGUAACUUAAGUAAUCGUGAUAAACGAGCGGUUACCGACAAUAUUAGUAACCAUGCCUCAACCCGGUGGUAGACUGUUGCCCCUGUCCAGUGCUGGAUCUUCAGAUGAUGCUUCUGACUCUUAUGGACGGUGCUCGAGCGUUGAAGCCUGCAAUCUGGAGUUGUCUGUUUCUUUCUUUACAUUUUCUUGGCCCUGUUUUUGGUUAUGCUGGGUAGUGAUGGUUUAGGUCUUUCUUUGUUCGACCUUCUGUUGUUUCUUUUAUCAUGGACAAUCUCUGCUUCGGAUGUAACUCAGACUUAAUUCCGUUAGUUUCUAAUGGAAAAGGGGUAUCCCCGUGUUCGAAAAAAUAGGCUAGGAAUAUGUGGAGACAUAAUAAGGUCUUGUAAAAUUAGAUGCUUAAUUACGUGCUCUUGUUGCUGCUUAGAGAUACAUAGGAUCUUAGAUAUAGUUCUGGUCAUGUUGAUGCAGAACUUGUUCAUGUACAAGUACAACAAACUGAAGAUCCUUAAUUUUUUGUUCCUAGUAUAUAUGGCUAUCAGGCUGUGUGUCCUUCCGUAGCUGACAAUAAAAUUAUGGACUACUUGUUUGACUUUUCAUGUGUUGAGGUAUCUGUCAUCUGAAGUUCACUUUCUGUUGUGACAUUUCAUUGCUUCU